GAAAAGAGUUGAGCAAAAUGAUGUAAAAUUCCAAGAGGUAAUUCUGAAAGAUAUUGAUAGUCAUGCAACAGUUGCAGUGUGGGACUCGAUGGUAAAUACUAUUGAAAAGGGAGAAUGUGUGCAGAUUACAAAAUGCAGGGUGCGUUUGUUCAACGAGCAGAAAAGGUUAACCACUACAAGAUCAUCCCAGUGCGAGAAACUUGCUAAUGAUGAAAACUUGCUGCUGGUGUCUGAUGAUGAAGAUGUGGACACUGAUGAAAACUGGGGAGACACUCCAACUGUGGAUUUUAAUAGUAAAACAAUCACAGCUGUGUUUGAUGUUGAUCCCUACCUUGCCUGUCCUACACCUUCAUGUAACAACACCAAACUUACCCCAGUAGAAUCCAAUUCUGGUAGUCGUAUCAUGAACUGCAAAAACUGUGGAAGAAACUAUGGUGAAAGUGCAUGUAAUAACUACUUGCGUGCUACAGUAAUGAUUGAAGUAGAGGAAUCUAACAAACCCCCCCAGAAAGUGGCAAUAUUUAAGCCGCAGAUUGAAAAGCUCUUCAUUUCAAGAGGAUUCGCACUUCCUUCCACCAAUGACCAAACUGAGCUUCUCGUCAAAUUCUUUGAAAUUAUUCCAGUUGACAUCAAGUUUCACAUGAUAAAUAACACUAUUAAACAAUUGACCUGCAAAAGAGUUGCAUGAACAUUCAACUCUAUUGCAACCAAUGUAACCAGUAUCUUUUCCAUCCAGUGUAGUACACAGUUUCUUGUUUGUAUAAAUGAUUUUGUCCUAAACUGGUUUACUUGAUUUGUGAACCAUUACGAAGGGGAUCUUUAUUGGGUUUUUUUCAUUGUUUUGUGUAGUUCACACAAGUUUUUGUUACUUGGAAUCUUUUUUUUUCAUUUAUUGCUUGUAUAUGCAAGAGAGUUGCAUAGACAAAAGUCCUAGUCAUUUACCUUUCUAGUCAGAUUUUGUCAAAAAAUGGUUUAAUGUUUAAUUACCAAAGUGACAACUAGUUUUACCAUGUUUUGUUUUUUUUUAAAUAUGCAUGUUUAAUCUUAACAUAUUAAGUUUUUUUAAUUGUUAUAUAUCUUCUUUUUUUUUGUAUUCAAGAAAGCUGUUUGAACAAAAGCUCUCAGAAUUCCUUUGUUUAAGAACAACUCAAUAACUAGCCAUUAUUUAACCAUAACACAUUCAAAUCUACUUGCAUUUUAUCACAGUAAUCUAUAAAUGUUUACAAACCAAUUAAAUAGUAACUUUAAGAUUUUGUGUAGAUUACCCUUUUACUGUUGAAGCAUAUAAAAUAACUUUGUCAUCCUUUAUUGCUUUAAUGUACAAAGCUACUCUUACAUGAAGGAGAGUCACACAAGCAUAAGUUUUCACAGUAUUUUUUUUUUUCAAAAUCAACUCAAGGAUACCAGCCGUUUCUCUUUUUAUCAAACAAGUAUAAUUUCGUCAGAUUUUUCCAUGUACUGAUUUAAGAACCCUUUAUACAUUGCACACUAAAGAUUUUUAAUUACAUGGUAUUUUUAAUGCAGUUUAAGUAACCUGCCCUAACAUCAAAAAUGAAAAUUGAAAUCUACAAUAUAUUACUCAAUUUGUAAUCAAUUCAAGCAUUUUUGGCAUUACGCCUGGAUGAUUUAAUCGAAUCUUUAUUUGCACGUUCUAUCCCAUUUAAUUAAGAAACAGAGGUUUUUGUUUAUCAAUACUUCAUUGCCUUAUUUCGUAAUCCCUUGGCGCAAUUGGCAGCUACAUGUACCUAUGUUGAAUAUGAAAUAGAUCAACUUGAUAUUGACACUUUCAUACCAUAUAAUUUCAUCAAAAGUUAAAAAAAAACUAAUUAGUGAAAAGAGGGUUCUUCAGAUUUAUAAACCAUCAGAAAAAUUAUCUUGAUGAUAUUGUGUAGUUCACACAAUCCUUUUGUGUAAUAUUUUUGUCAUAUUUUUCGUUUUUUAAAGGUGCUCUUAUGUGCAAGAAAAUUGCAUGUGCAAUAGUUUUGUAAUGCUUAGAGCCAUGACCUUUAAUCAAAACAAAUCACAUAAUGUUACAGUAGUUAUAUUUUGUUGAUUACUGUAUUUAUGUUUCACAAAGCAUUGUAAGGAAAACCUUCAAGGUCUUCCAUAGUUCACACAUUACACAUUUUUGUCAAAUAUUUGUUGUAUAAGGUGUUCUUAAAGAAAGAAACUAACUUUUUUAUAUUUUCUGUAUGAUUUCUGAAAAACAGUUUAGAAAAAUAAAUAGUUUUCUUAAUAAAAUAAAAUUAAUUUCAUUUAGUCUUAUUUAUUAAUUUAUGUAGUGUACAUACUUUCAGUUUGCAUCAAAUGUUCAACAGUAGAGGUAAUAUGUUGUUGUUCAGAUUUUAAAAUUGACAUCAUUGGAGAAAUUGCACUGAGCGAUUGAAAUGAAAAGCAACAAUAAGCUACUCUGUUCCUUAGUUUCUAAACAUUAGCAGUUACGUAAAUUGAAAAUGCUCAUAGAAAUGUCGCUGAACUCACAAGGUUAUGAGUAUAUACUAGAAUCCUUGCCUAUUUCUUUGAAGUUCAUAGUUAUAGUUAAUGAUACUAUGUAGGGAAAAUCAUCUAAUCUCCAGUAUAUUUUCAAGAAACAUGAAUAAAAGCACCAAGUCUGCAUUUCCAAAUUAAAACUUGAUCAACAAGUAUAUUUUUCGAUAAAAACUCUACUAGAGUCUCUAGGGGACACCUUGAUUCAUAUUAAGUUCCUAUUCCA